AUGCUCUCCUCAUCAUUUAAUAACAUGGAGCGUAUGCUUGAUGAUAAUCAUAAUAACCUGAUACAAACAGGAGAUAUGAUCACUAUUCAUGUGGACAAUAACAUAUCAAAACCAGCAACAUCAACAGAAGGACCUUCGGGAAGUUGUGAGUAUUUGACUGGUAAAUUUUCAAAGAGGGCCACUACACCUUCGUACUACCAUCUAUUGUACAAUGAUGCUCCAGUCUGUCCACCCGACUUUAUUAUCAAUAUUAAAUUAAUAGAUAUGAAUAUGACUAUUGUAUCUAUCAAGGUACACAAAGUAUUUUUGGCUUUGGAAUCAUUGUAUUUUAGAACUUUGCUCAAUUCGGAAUUUACAGAGAGUACUAAUUCCGUUGUAGAAUUUGAAUUAACUUCUGUAGAAAAGGAUAUAUUCGAGCAAAUUAUUUUGAGAUAUAUUUAUGGUGAGAGAACUUUGGAUAUUGACAAAGGCUUACCAUAUGCCUGUACAUUAUGUCUUGCUCACUAUUUGCAAAUUUCUCCUCUGGAAUGCCAACUUUUGCAACAAAUGACAAAAACAUCAAAGUAUACCGAACAACAUUUAUUGUAUUAUUCACAACUUCGUGAUCACUCCAUGUUGGCUGUUAAUUCUUCCUUCCUUUCACAAUCACUGACUGCUUUCGGAAAAGACAUUUCAAAGAAACGUGAUGAAGUUAUGAAUUUACCAGUGGAAUUUUUCUUGUGGCUUGUUUCGUUGGACAAUCUGAACGUUAGUAAUGAGGAUGAAGUUUUUGAUCUCAUUCAAGAGUACAUUAUCAGAAAUGAAAAGUCCAUCAGACAAAAUAAUCCAGAAGGAUUUGAUCAAAAACCUGAUAUUAUUGAACAAGUUUGGUCAAAUGUGAGAGUUUGCUUCCUUUCCGAAACCAAAUUGUUGAGCUUUAUGGAUCAACCAUCUAUUUCUACAGAUCUCAAAAUAUCAAUGCGAGAAAGAAGACAGUGA